CUAUGACAUCAGAGGUCCAUCUAAGAUCAAUGGAUCCUUCUAAUCCUGAGGAACCUUCUGAUAAAUCCCAUACUAUGACUUCAGAUGUCCUUCCAAGUUCUCACAGUGCUGACAGAUCACCAGAUCCAUCCAAUCCCCAUAAAUCUUCUUCAAGCCAUAAGAGGGUUCACUCAGUAGAGCGUUCAUUCUCAUGUUCAGAGUGCGGGAAAUCUUUCAUUCGGAAAUCAGCCCUAGUUUCCCAUCAGAAAAGUCACACGGAUAUACUUCCUCAUUCGUGUUCAGAGUGCGGGAAAUCUUUCACCAGACAAGGAUCACUUUUGAGACACCAGAGAGUUCACACAGGUGAGCGCCCUUAUUCGUGUUUAGAGUGCAGGAAAUCUUUCACCAGCCAAGGAACACUUUUUAUACACCAGAGAAUUCACACGGGUGAACGUCCUUAUUCAUGUUCAGAGUGCGGGAAAUCUUUCUGUCACAAAAAAGACUGUGAUGCACACCAGAGAAAUCACACAGGUGAGCGCCCUUAUUCAUGUUCAGAGUGCGGGAAAUCUUUCACUCGGACAGCACACCUUGUAAGACACCAGAGCGUCCACACAGAUGUGUAUCGUUACUCAUGUUCAGAGUGUGGGAAAUGUUUUCGUGAUAAAGGACAACUUAAUGUACACCAGAGAUAUCACACAGCUGAGCGUUCAUUUUCAUGUUCAGAGUGCGGAAAAUCUUUCAUUCGGAAAUCAGCCCUAGUUUCCCAUCAGAAAAGUCACACAGAUAUACGUCCUCAUUCAUGUUCAGAGUGCGGGAAAUCUUUCAAAGAAAAAAUAGAUCUUUGUAGACAUCAGAGAAUUCACACAGGUGAGCGUCCUUAUUCGUGUUCAGAGUGCGGGAAAUCUUUCACCAGACAAGGAUCACUUUUGAUACACCAGAGAGUUCACACAGGUGAGCGCCCUUAUUCGUGUUCAGAGUGCAGGAAAUCUUUCACCAGCCAAGGAACACUUUUUAUACACCAGAGAAUUCACACGGGCGAGCGUCCUUAUUCGUGUUCAGAGUGCGGGAAAUCUUUCUGUCACAAAAAAGACUGUGAUGUACACCAGAGAAAUCACACAGGUGACCGCCCUUAUUCAUGUUCAGAGUGCGGGAAAUCUUUCACUCGGACAGCACACCUUGUAAGACACCAGAGCGUCCACACAGAUGUGUAUCGUUACUCAUGUUCAGAGUGUGGGAAAUGUUUUCGUGAUAAAGGACAACUUAAUGUACACCAGAGAAAUCACACGGGUGAGCGUCCAUUUUCAUGUUCAGAGUGUGAGAAAAGUUUCAUUCGGAAAUCAAAUCUAGUUUCCCAUCAAAAAAGUCACACGGAUAUACGUCCUCAUUCAUGCUCAGAGUGUGGGAAAUCUUUCACUCAGAAAAGAGACCUUGCUAGACACCAGAGAGUUCACACGGGUGAGCGUCCUUAUUCAUGUUCAGAGUGUGGGAAAUGUUUUUGUGAUAAAGGACAACUUAUUGUACACCAGAGAAUUCACACGAGUGAGUGUCCGUUUUCCUGUUCAGAAUGCGAGAAAUCUUUCACUCGGAAAGGACAUCUUGUUAGACACCAGAGAGUUCACACGAGUGAACGUCCUUAUUCAUCUUCACAGUGAGGAAAAACUUUCAAUAAAAAGAGAGACCUUCGUAGAUGUCAGAGAAUUUAGCAGUGAGAGUCAUUUUUUAUGGUCAGAGUGUGGGAAA